CAAUUGUAUUUCAUUUCCUGUAGAUAUUUUUUCUAGAAGCACUCUCUGCGUUGCACGUUAAAUUGAGAAGUAUAAAAGAAGUAUUUAUUCAGUUUUUUUGUCAGUCAUAAAUAAAGAAGGUCCGCUGAAAGCAGAAAUAUGUCUCACACCAUUUUGCUUGUUCAACCGACCAAAAGACCAGAAGGCCGCACAUAUGCUGACUACGAGUCAGUGAACGAAUGUAUGGAAGGUGUUUGCAAAAUGUAUGAAGAACAUUUGAAGAGGAUGAAUCCUAACAGUCCUUCCAUUACUUAUGACAUUAGUCAGUUGUUUGACUUCAUUGAUGACUUGGCAGAUCUAAGCUGUCUUGUGUACAGAGCUGACACUCAAACAUACCAACCGUACAACAAAGACUGGAUUAAAGAGAAGAUAUAUGUCCUGCUGCGGCGCCAGGCUCAGCAAGCAGCAAAGUGAAGACGUCUUUUAACAAAUUGUCCUGAUGCACACAUUUAAAAUGCGUUAACUACUUCUCGAAAUUAUGCAGGACCUUAGAUCUGUGUAUAAGGACAAUAUUUUCAGUUUGACUAGGGAGGGGUUUUAUAUUAUACUACACAUUUAUUAUACAUGGGGAAAAGACUUGGAAAGUGGAGUUAGGUGAGAAAUGUGGGGGUUUAUAUUGAACUUAUGUGUGGCAGCAUCUUCUGAUUCUCAUACCUACAUUUCCAAUUUGUUACACAAUUAUGAGAAGUGGGCUAAUGGCUGCAACCACUAACAUACUCCAGACACAGUUAAAAAUAUUUUCUUCCUCAACAUGUUAUGGGCUUUGAAUCCAGCUGAUUUAUUUUUAUCAGAUUGGUUGUGGGAGAUGUAAAUUCUCUUUUUUUUUAUAGCACACCCUGGAAGGCUGAAUUUCUGCAUUUCAAGUCCAUCAUGACGAUGUAAAAAGCUGUUUUUGUAAACCCCUUUGUUUUGUGUAACAACCUUUUUUCUUUCUUCCCUUUUUGUUUUCAUAUUUGCUUUGAACAAAAUAAACUUUUUUUCUGACUGGUC